UGAGUUACCCUUUUUGUAGAAAAGGCUAAUAUAGAGAUAGAUACAGAUAUUGACAGUAAUUGUAUUUAAAUUAUUUAUUCAAUUAAAUGCAUUUAAUGAUUUUAACAAUUGUACAUACAACUGAAUUAGAGGGCAUUUGUAUAUUUGUCUCAGUUGAGCAUUAAAAUGUCAACCUGAUAUGGCACAGCUGACUAUUGCAUUACUAAAAUAGAUACAAUUUUUUCAUAUGUGGCACUUUGGAAAAUUCUAUACUAUGGAAGAAUCCAACAAAACAGGAAUGACAUAUUUCAUCAUUGAAGGGAUUUCUGAUGUCCCAGAAUUACAGCUUCCCAUUUUUUUGUUGGUUCUGCUGAUUUAUCUCUUCAUUCUAGGAGGUAAUAUGACCAUUUUUUUAUUGAUCUGUAUGGAUCGUCAUCUUCACACUCCAAUGUACUUCUUCCUGGCCAACCUGUCGAUUCUCGAUGUUUCUUGUUCUACAAUAACUCUUCACAAACCUCUUAUUACAUUCCUCACUGGCAAUAAGUUGGUUUCCUUUGUUGGUUGUGUGAUGCAGAUGUUUUUCUUCUUAUCUUUUACAUGUAAUGAGCUGCUAAUUCUGACAGCAAUGGGUUAUGACCGCUAUGUGGCUAUCUGUCAUCCUUUACAUUACCAGGUAAUUAUGAGCCACAAAGUCUGCUGUGGUCUGGCUGGUGUCUGUUGGGUUUUGGGUUUCUUAGAUAUCAUGCCUUGUGCUUGGAAAGUGUCAUCCAUUAGUUGUUACACAUCAUUGGAGGUCAACCAUUUCUUCUGCGACUUUGUACCAAUAAUGAAGCUGUCCUGCAGUGACACUUUUGCUUUGCAACUUUAUGUGAUUAUUGAAGGAGUGAUUCUGGCAUCUUUUGUUCCAUUUGUUCUCACUUUUAUAUCAUAUGUUUUCAUUAUAAAAAGCAUACUGAGAAUACGUUCUAGUAAUGGGAGGUGGAAAGCUUUCUACACAUGUUCCUCACAUCUCACAAUCAUUGUGCUUCUUUAUGGCACCUUGUCUUACCAAUACUUCAGACCAGUUGAAUAUAUUACACUGGGUUCCUAUAAACUUUCUUCCCUAUUUAAUACCACAUGUGUCCCAAUAUUAAAUCCCCUGAUUUACAGCUUGAAGAAUAAAGAUGUUCAUUCAGCUUUGAAGAGAAAGUUUAAGAAAAUGUCCAGACUAAUAAAAAGAAAAUGAACAAAAGAAAAAAUCUUGGUUCUUUACAAACUUUUUAAAGUUAUAUUUGAAGUAUUGUGCAUGUUACCCACUGUCUAAUUUGUUUCAUAUUUCUACAGUCAAAAAAUGUUUCCAUGUCAGCACACACCUGGCUAGGCCCAGCACACCCCUGUCACUAUUGGGAUCUUAACAAUAAAAUUGGAUUCCCCUCCAGCCCAGGCAUUCCUUUCUUUUCAUUCAAGCACAUAUGAUCAGAUGUGGUCUACUACUUUGCUGGUUUUAUGACCUGGAAGUCCUUCCAAGCUUUGCUUCUUAUUUGGCUGGGCAAAGUUUCCUGUA